GCGCUCAAACGCGACCGAAUGCUACCCGAAACAUAAUUGUGACGUUACUUCUUCUUCUUCAUUUCUUUUUUUUUGUCGCGCCGUGUGUCGCGCGAGCGAGUUUGCAUACCGAAUCACCGAGUUUUAUCUCCAUUCGCCAUGACCACCCCGACGCAUUGCUCGCCGUCGCGGUCGUCUUUGAGUUGCUGCCAGUUCGACCGUAGCAGCCGGGACGACAUGCGAGAAUCGGCUAUCAUAGGCAACAACAAUUACUUCCUGCAGCAGGAGAAGCACUCCUUCCCGAAGAGGCCCGAGGUCGACCUGUCGUUUCACGAUAUACGGUACCGCGUCAAGGAAUGGAGCAUACGCAACUUUUCAAUCAGCGAGAAUGAGAUUCUGCACGGCGUCAGCGGCGAAUUUAAGUCUGGCGAGUUGGUGGCUAUAAUGGGGCCGUCCGGAGCCGGAAAAUCGACGCUGCUGAACGCUCUCGCCGGUUUCACGGUGUCAGGUGUGAGCGGUGAAGUUCGGAUCAACGGUAAGAUUCGAGCGCCGCAGAGCGAACGAUGGAAGAGGACCUCGUGUUACAUACAGCAGGACUCCAUUAUAAGAAUGUACAUCACCGUGGGAGAGGCCAUGACUUUAGCCGCACAUUUGAAGCUCGGUUACACAAUCAGCUCGGCCUACAAGCACGCUCAGGUUUUAGAACUGUUGGAGAUGCUAGGACUAAGCCAUUGUUAUGACACGUUAUGCGGAAAAUUGUCGGGAGGGCAGAAAAAACGGCUCGACAUCGCCUUCGAACUCCUAACUAAUCCUUCAGUAUUAUUCCUCGACGAACCAACGACUGGUCUGGAUUCCUCUUCGUGCAGCCAAUGCGUCGCUCUUAUGAAACGAUUGGCGGAAUUAGAAAGGCGUACGGUAAUCUGCACGAUUCAUCAGCCGAGCGCCUUGCUCCUGGAGAUGUUCGACUCCCUGUACGUGGUGGCGAACGGUUACUGCAUAUACAGAGGCCCGGUUAGCUCGUUGCUGCCGCACCUGGACUCCGUCGGCGCCCAUUGCCCGCCUUAUCACAAUCCAGCGGAUUUCAUGCUCGAGGUGGCGAUCGGCGAAUACGGUAUUCCGCUCGAUAAGCUGGUGGCAGCGGCCGAAACGUUACCGAAGAACGAGAAGACGAUCGCUCUUACUACGAGCCUGCCUGAAGAAACGGACAAAAUCAAGGAACCGCCACCACCUGCCGGUUUCCUGACGCAAUGCUAUCUUCUGUACAAGAGACAACUGUUAAGCUUGAAAAGAGACUAUUCGUUACUGGUGGCGCGAUUACUCUGUCACUUGCUAAUCGGCGUGAUCUUUGGGUACCUGUACAUGGGAAGCGGUUAUCGAGCUAAUGUCUUAGCGAAUUAUGUCUACCUAUACGGAUCGAUGCUACUCCUUGUUUAUACCGGAAAAAUGGCUGUUACUCUUGCCUUCCCACUAGAGAUGCGGAUUCUUAUGAGGGAGCAUUUCAAUCGCUGGUACCGGCUGGCGCCGUAUUAUAUCAGCAUAUUGCUGGUCGAGAUACCCUUCCAGGCGGCGUGUGCGGCAUCGUAUCUGGUGGUGAGCUACUGGUUGACCGGACAGCCCAUUGAAACAAAUCGUAUAAUAUUCUUCAUGGUAGUCAGCAUAGCCGCCAGCCUGACGGCGCAAGCAUGGGGCUUCUUCAUCGGCGUUACCACGCCGAUUAAGAUCGCAGUCUUCAUUGGUCCGAUAAUCGCGGUGCUGUUCUCCAUCUUCGGGUUCUGCAUACGUUACUUCGAUACACCGCAGGCGUUCCGCUGGAUGUUCCAUAUAUCAUAUUUUCGUGCGGGUUUCCACAGUCUGAUAUACACCGUGUACGGAUAUGACAGGAUGGACUUGCUGUGCGACGAGUUCUACUGUCACUACAAGAAACCAAUCAAGUUUCUCACCGAGAUGGAGAUCAACGACGUAAACGUGGUCAAUAAUCUGGUACUCAUCCUCGGUAUCGGGGUGCUGAUGCAUCUUCUGACGGCCAGCGCGCUUUGGUGCAAGCUUAACAGAAGAUGAACCAAAAUACGAUUCUAAUCAAAUACAGUAUUUAUGGUAUUGCAGACAGUUCCUUUGGAGGAACGACAUAAGAAAUUCUGAUUCUCAUGCUUUUCCCACGUGAAACGCGAAGAUACAAAGAGAGAUCCUAAGGGAGAGAUUCCAAAAUUGAAAACUUUCGGAGUUUCAAAAUUCGGAAACUCCGAGACAAUUGGAAAAUCGUUAGAAAUUAACAAAGUCAUUAUUCCUUUAGCUCUUAAUCUCGCUGGAUACGAGAUGUUCUGCGAUAUUUCGAGAAUGUGUUGCACUUGGAGCAUUUAAUGGAGUGGGAACCGUAUGAACAAAUGCCACUUAUUUUAAAAUUAUGACAGCUAGUACAUACGACAUAUAGUAAGCAGUCUGCUGCGAUAUUGGUACUUGCGCGCAGAAGACAAACGUAUCCUUGUAUAUCUUUCUUUGUCACACACACUUGGCCACCCUUUUACGCCAUACGAAGUGAAGGCAAUGCACACUCCAUUUAUAUGUAUGGUUCUCUAAGGUUUUCCAUAAUCGAAGAUCGGAGAAGACGUCGACUACCGAAUUUUUUAAAGUUACAAGUCGCAGGAACUUCUUGAAGUCUAUUUAAACUUUAAAGUACUAGUAGGGAUUAUUUUUUUGUAUUAAUCGUGACAAGACGCUAUGAUCGUCAGCAAUUUCGUUCGUAAAAAGCGGUGGUAUUCAAGGAGUCAAAAAAUGACAAGAUUUAUAUAAAGCUGAAUAUCUGUAUAUAUGUAAGCCUGAGUGAUAAAGGACAAAUAUACAUGACACAGCGCGCAUUGAACGCCGCUAUAGUUUAUAGUUGUAUUUAAAGUCCAAAAAAAUGUACUAAACAAUAUGAUAUAUUAGUUUAAUGUUUAUUUAAUUCGCGUUUUUAGUAUUAUCUAUGGAUAUGUGAAAUUAUCUAAAUAUAUGCGAAAAGGUUUUAUUAAUUUAUAAAUAUUUUGCACUCUCUCUAUUUGCACACAAUACCUUAUCAUCAUAGAAAAUACAUUUUUUUUCGGAAAGAACAUAUGCGACCGUAUUUUAUAAAAAAAAAUAUAUAAACGGAAAUAAAUACCUGUAUUGCUAA